GGCUUGCGCAGCUCUUCCACCGCUUUGCCCCUGGCCCCGGGGCUGGAGAAGGGCAGGGGUCUCUCCUACGAGAGCCUCAACAGCUGCUUGGUGGAGUACAUCGAGAAGGUGCGAGCUCUCGAGCAGGUGAACCAGGAGCUGGAAGAGCACAUCAGGGUCUACCUGGACAAGAAAGCGGCCAGCGUGGGCAGCUGGGGAGCGCUGAGGGAGAACUGGGAGGCCAUUUACCAUCAGGUGGGUGAAGCAGUCCUUGAAAACGCUCGUCUUAUGCUGCACACCGAGAACAUUCAAGCCUGUGCUGAAGAUUUUAAAGACAGGUAUGAAAAUGAGCAGCCAUUCAGAAAGGCAGUGGAAGAUGAAAUUAAUUCCCUAUAUAAAGUGAUUGAUGAUGCUAAUUUAACUAAAAUGGAUCUGGAGACUCAGAUAGAGAGCAUGAAAGAAGAACUAACUUUGCUGUCAAAGACUCAUGAAGAAGAUGUGAAGGUAUUAUACAAGCAGCUUGCUGGAUCUCAGCUGGAAGAGCUUGAUGUUCCCCUGGGAAGUGGCCUGGAUGACAUACUGGAAAAAAUCAGAAUCCACUGGGAGAGAGACAUUGAAAAGAACCGCGCUGAGACAGGUGCCCUGCUCAGAACCAAGCAGCAGGCGGAAGCGACGGCUGCUGUGCGGACCCAGGAGGAAGAGCUGGUGGAGGGCCUCAGAACCGAGUUCCAUGAAACCGCCUGCAAAAUACAGAGCUUGCAAGCUGAAACCGAAUCUUUGAGAACCUUGAAGAGGGGUCUGGAGAAUUCUUUAUACGACGCCAAGCACUGGCAUGACAUUGAACUGCAAAACCUAGGCUCUGUCAUUUCCAAGCUGGAGGCAGAGAUGGGAGAAAUUAAAGUAGAAACCGAACAGCAGCAGCGGGACCGUGAAAAUCUGCUGACCAGCAAACAGCAGCUGGAGAAAGACAUCGCUGCCUAUCACUGCCUUCUAGACGGAGAACAAAGCAG